CUGGGGGAAGAUCUCUCCACCAAGUGUCUCAAUUUAACAGGAGCUCCCUCCCUCUCUCUCUUCCUCUCUCAGCCCCUUCCUCCUCCCCUUCGGCCGUGACAGAGCACACCUGCUUGGUCUUGGCUGCGCGCGCUCUCAGUGCAAUUAUCGCUCGGCCCCUUGCAGCACAGUGCAGAAGGCUCACAGUGAUUCAGCCUAUAGCCCCAACUGGAUAUUUGGAAGGAAGACCAUCUGACCUCGGCGCACUCUAACUCUCUAGCUCUCUCUCCCACGCUUCUAAAGAGCACAGGCUCCCGGACAAAGGCACCAUGAGGUCAGCCUGUCUCUCCCUGCUCCUGGUCACAGCGUGCUGGUCACUUCCCUUCCGCCAGUCUGGCUUCCUGGACUUCAUGAUGGAGGAUGAGGCGGGCUCUGGCUUGCCAGAGGUGCCCAUCGAGCCCAGCGUGGACAUCCCCACCAUGCCCGAAGGACCCAAGUGCCCCUUCCGCUGCCAGUGCCACCUGCGCGUGGUGCAGUGCUCCGACUUAGGGCUGAAGAGUGUUCCAGAUGAGAUCCCUGCAGACAGCACCCUGCUGGACCUGCAGAACAACAAGAUCACUGAGAUCAAGGAGAAUGACUUCAAGACUCUGAAGGGACUCCAAACCCUGAUCCUGGUGAACAACCAGAUCACCACAAUCCACCCCAAGGCCUUCCUUCCCCUGGGCAAGCUGCAGCGCCUCUACCUCUCCAAGAACCACCUCAAGGAAAUGCCCGCCAACAUGCCCAAGAGCCUGCAGGAGCUUCGCAUCCACGAGAACGAGAUCACUAAGAUCAAGAAGGCCUCCUUCGAGGGCAUGGCCCAGGUCAUCGUCAUGGAGCUCGGCUCCAACCCCCUGAAGAGUGCAGGGGUUGAGGCUGGGGCAUUCGGGGCCCUGAAGAAGGUCUCAUACAUCCGCAUUGCAGACACCAACCUGACAGAGAUCCCCAAAGGUCUGCCCUCCUCCCUCUCCGAGCUCCACCUGGACAGCAACAAGAUCACCAAGGUGCAGGCGGACAACCUGAAGGGCCUCAAGAACCUGGCUAAGCUGGGUCUAAGCUACAAUGAGAUCAGCCAGGUGGAGAACGGUUCUCUGGCCAUGGUUCCUCACCUCAGAGAGCUUCACCUGGACAACAAUGCCCUGACCACCGUGCCUGCAGGCCUGCCUGACCACAAGUACAUCCAGGUGAUCUACCUCCACAGCAACAAGAUAGGGGUGGUGGGCACCCAGGACUUCUGCCCACCGGGCUACAAUACCAAGAAGGCCAUGUACUCUGGCAUCAGCCUGUUCUCCAACCCCGUCCCUUACUGGGAGGUGCAGCCCAUCACCUUCCGUUGUGUGUUCGACCGCUCCGCCAUCCAGCUGGGCAACUACAGGAAGAAGUAGAGAAAAAGUAGACCACCCCCAGAGAGAGGGAGAGUGUGUGUGUGUGUGUGUGUGUGUGUGUGUGUGUGUGUGUGUGUGUGUGUGUGUGUGUGUGUGUGUGUGUGUGUGUGUGUGUGUGUGAACCGCAGCCCCCCAUCUACCCCACAACACUGAUCGGCACCUUUAUCCCCAUUUUAAAACCAUAACGAACAUCCAAUACAGUUUUAACAGUUACAGUACUUCAUGUUUUCAUGAGCAAAGACACAACAGUUACAAAACUCAGUACCAAACCUUCCAUAGAUGGCUUAGUAAUAACUCAAACCAGCUCUGUGUGCAAACAGUUGAUUUAUAAUAGUCCAUGUGUCAUUUGUACAUUUCAUAUUCUACAACAGUAAUCACUGGCAUUAUCCUGUAACAGGUCUUCCAUACACAAUAAACCGUCAACUCAUGAAAUACUGUAACACUACCUCAUGGUAGUUAUCUGUCAAAAAGCUCAACUUAAAGGGGAUGUCACCCACUUUUCAACCUCAUUUUCAUUAUCUCCAUUACAAUACCAUUGUCCCUAUAUGUGAAAACGUCCCAUUUCUAUGUUUUGUAGAAAACAAAUAUCAAGUUAAAAAGAUAUACCAAAUGACAUCAUCAAGAAAAUACCAUCCCUCUGGCUAGAAACUCUUUGCAGGUUUGGAAAAUCACUGUUUUAAAAAAAGUGUUUACUCCUACCCUGUGAUGUCACAGAGGAGCAUUUUUUUAGGACCUUUCUUCUUAUCUUUUUACCCACAGAUCAUAGACUAAACAACGUGUUCGUUUUCACACAUGUAGACACUGAUAUGGUGCUGGAGAUAAUGAAUAUGAGGUUGAAAAGUGGAGGAACUGCCCUUUAACAGAAGUCUGUGCAAUGGUUUCGAAGUGUGUGCCCUCAGAUUGCAUGACUGAAAUGUUAUUUUGUGUGUGAAAGAAACAUUAUGAAAGACAACUAAAUAUUUUCAACAACAACAAAAAAUAUCUAUGACCACUUUGACAAUAUGUACACGAUUAACCCUUUAAUACCUCACACAUGUCAGCUGGUUGAGAUUGGCUGAAAAAUCUGAAUUUGACCGGUGUGGACAUGUUGUGUGCAACAAGCCUUUACGUGCAUAAGUCUGUGACAAUUACAGAAGGUGAGCUGACCUGCAGAGCGGGCUGCUAAGGGUUAACUCCUGUCUUAAUAUCAUUAACACCAGCUAGGAUACUAGAAUGUACUAGAGUAUAUUACCUGUGUAGUAGCUAGCGUUCAAAGUGUACCUUCACAAUAUGUCGUACUAUUUGAAAGAUGUCAGAUUUUCUUUCUGUCACAUUGUAGUCGAUUGCCAUGUCUCCUGCUUGCUUCACUGUUGAUGUCAAGUUUUGUUGUUUUUACGAAAUGUUCCGACAGUUUAAAGAUUUCAGAUUUUCCGUAAAGCAUUUAUUUCUUCUUCUACACAUUCCAUUCCCCCAUCUGUCAUGUAACAUCAGCUCAUACAACCAAGAUGAAAAUAGCUCUUAAAGAUGUAGAAUAAACAAUAUAUACGUUCCGAAACAGAAGCCAUGCCCAAAGAUCUAUACGCAUGCUUUUCUUCUUUUGACUUGAAGCAAGGUUGUGCUUUCUGGAAUGCCAUGUUAAUGCCUGUUUUGUUUCUCUUCUUUUCUUCUUUGCCUUUCUUUUUUUCUUUUUUUUAAGUCUGAAGAGAAUUGGAGGCUUGCAGGCGGACUGUCAUGCCUUCAGUGCCCAUGUUAGUGUGAAUGUUUGUAUGUAUAGACGCUGUAUAUAAAUGCUGUAUAAGAAAAACUCUCAUUGCUUAAAAGCACAAGCACUUACAGUAGUUCAGACUUAAUAUAUCAACAAUAAAGAUGUUCCUCUCUUUUUUUCUGAGCAGGGGCUCCGCCUAAGGCUUCCUGAACCAAAUAAAAAUACCAAUUAAAAAGCA